GGUGAUUUCCAAAAAGCAGAUGCCCGAAUGAUUUAAAAGCUAGUGCAUUCGAGGUAAGUGCAUCAGUUCGUUGAAUCGCCCAACCUGAAUCAUGAAUGCAGUAUUCGCUCUCAUUGUGCUUUUACUCAUCUUUGUUGCCACUUUUGCAAAACCACAUUUUGAAGUCGAUCCCAACUACGUUUCCCAUCACGAUCCGCACCAAGUUCAUCAUUACUAUCAGCACCACGAUCCUCAUGCUGAUCCUCACUACGAUCCGCAUCACCACGACGAUCAUCAUUAGUAAAAAGUAAAACAUGUUAUUCAACAAUGUAAAAAUACAAUAAAAACUAUCAAAACAAAAAUCAACUUUUA